CUGAAAGAUACAAAUCAAGCGACAACAUGAGGAUUAAUAGCGGUGUAACAUAAUGAGAACAGAUGGCAGUAUUGAGGAUCCCCAGUAGGUACCUGGAUUUGACUGUGUCCAUGUCACUCAGGCAUGCAUGUUUAAGUAACAGGUUGAGCAAGCGAGACAGGAUUCUUCAUGCCUCUGCCCCUCGGAUCUCCGGCAUAGCUGCGUCUCCAGAUGAGAACCUGAUUGGUGCAUUAGUUCUUUCUGAUGUGAUUGAUAGCCAACCAGUCGUUUGAUCACAGAUACAGUACUUAACCAUCCUUGGCGUUAUCUGAAGGGGCUUUUUGCCGUGAAGGCGAAGAAGGGAAAUUUUAUCAUUAUGACAUGUCAACUUUGCCUGCCUAGAGCAGUUGAAAUAUCGGCAUUCAAGAGUUCUUCCUCUAAUUUGAAAAAACACAUCGAGAUUCAGAGGGGCUCGACUCACUCACAUCUCUUGCCGCUUCUCUCCCGUCUUAUACACAUAUUCACGAUGCUUACCCUGCUUAGCAUCUUCCUGCCCUUAUCACAUGUCCUUUCUCUCGGCCAAUCACUGAACUGUAAUGAAAGAAUAGAAUACAAGGAAGGAAACCGGUGCUGCAAGAAAUGUCCACCAGGAGAGUUAAUGGCACAGAGAUGCAGUGGACAGUCCGAUACUAAGUGUGUCCCUUGCAGCAAUGGCUACUACAAUGACGACUACAAUAAUGACUUCCUGCAGUGCAAACUCUGCAAAGGGUGUUACAAAGAACAUAUGAAGGUUGAGAGAAACUGCACGCUGACACGUGAUGCCGUGUGCACGUGCGAAGACGGCUUCAGAUGCAGUGACAGCAGUUGUGAGACAUGUGUGAAGGUCCAGACCCCGGUUACUACUAAACCACCAGCGACCACAGACAAUAUGUGGAUCUCGGUGAGUCUGUGUUUUGCGUGUGUGUGUGUGUGCGCUCUGCUCACCUGUUUCCUUCUCAUCAGCAGACAUGGAUGGCCAUGUAAACGGAUCAUGUCAGCAUCAGCCGCUUUCUGUUCCUCCGAAAAGAGAGGCUCUAAAUGCAGUGAGUGCACAGAGGAGGAGGAGGUACCAAUGCCAGUGCAGGAGGUGUGUGAAAAGACACUGGAGGAUGUCUGAGAAGGACAGAAGCAGACGACCACGGAUGCGUGUGUGGCUCGAGUAUUUAUACUGACACAAACCUGAUACGCUCACGAGUCUGUAGUGAGAGGGCCCGUCUGAAGGUUUUGUGAGAAUGACCGUCUGUCUUUGGAGACCAUCCUGAGAAAUACAGAGACAGCAGGAGAUACACACUUCCCACUGCACACAAAGACACUGAAUAUGCAAUUGUUUGCAAAUAAUGAUGUAAAUUAUAUUGUCUGUGCUUUUGUUUGUAUUUAUAAAUAGAUGGUGUGUCCAUGAACUGGUCUAUCAACAUCGACUUUAUGUUAGAAAGUUUAAGGAGUACAGUAUAAAAGUGUACAGUAUAUCCUGCCUGGUGGAUAUUUCUUUCAAGUUUUUAACUCUUUUUGUAAAGUUGUCUUUAGGAGUUCACUGUAAACAGUCCUGUGAUGUGAAUUUUGUAAUGUAGUGUGUAAAUGAAUAUGGGCUGAGAAGCCGCAUGUAUCACCAUUAUAAAUUAAUUCGCAAAAAUGGGUGGCAGUUUCAGAUAUUUCAUGUCAACUACCCAAUUGCAGAAAAGGUAACUGAAUUUCAUUCUCUCCUGUGAUUUACAUAAGCACUCAAAGAAAACAUGUAUAAAAAUAGUUUUAUUGACGCUAUUGCACUUUACAAUCAAUAUCAGGUAUAUAAGACUUUGUAUUUCAGUGAAAAUAAAACAUAUUAACAUAACACAAGCUUUGUGUGUUCCUGCGCUAAUGUUUGGGGUUGCUUCGGUUUGAACGACAAACCAACGUUGACAUUUCCAGACCAUCUUCAAAAUGUCAGGACUUUUUGGUGGCACAAUCCAAAGUCUGCCACAUAAAAACCAAAGAGGAAGAA